AUGCCAAAUGAAUCUGAGCCUCUACUGAGCAGUCCACCGCCCCGGGCUGUCUCAAAAUACUUGCGCGAAGAGAUCAAUACACACCGCGGCGACUUACUUCUCCUCAUCUGCUACAUUAUUACCGGCCUACUUGACAGCUCGGCAGUCUUUAUCUGGGGAAGCUUCGUCUCUAUGCAAACCGGAAACACGGUCUACUUUGGUCUUGGCCUUGUUGGCACCGAUGAUGAUCGCUGGAUCAAAUCUGGGGUUUCGAUCUGUGGGUUCUGCCUCGGAUCGUUGUUUUUCUCCACAUUCCAUCGCUAUUUCUCGCCGCGACUACGGUGGGUCAUCACCGUUUCAUUCUGUAUACAGUUCCUUUGUAUCGUGGUGGCCGCCACAGUCGUUACCGUGUUUCGUCCUGCGCGUGAUGCACCUCUGAGUUGGCUUAUUCUUCUGCCGAUUGCUCUGGUCGCUUUCCAGAGUAGUGGCCAAGCGGUUGCGAGUCGCGUCUUGAAAUACAAUGGCUUGACAAGUGUGGUACUGACCAGCAUCUAUUGUGAUCUCUUCUCCCAUGAAGAUUUCCUUUCUUUGAAGGUCUUUCGCAAUGCGGAGGAAAUGCGUCGACUUGGCGCUGUACUUUGUCUGCUGGUCGGAGUCGUGCUCGGUGGGCUCUGGGCACACAGCUCGAUUGGAAUGAUGGGGGCUCUGUGGACAGCUGCUAUCAUGAAGGCAUGUAUUGUUGUGGCUUGGCUUCUGUGGAAGGGCCAGCAUGAGUGA